GCUAAAGAGAAGGCUGCCAAACCUACCUCCGGUGGGGGGAAAAAUAAGAAAAAGAAAUGGUCUAAAGGCAAAGUCAAAGAUAAGGCCAACAAUGCUGUGGUCCUCGAUAAAGCCACCUAUGAUAAAUUAUUUAAAGAAGUACCCACCUAUAAGCUCAUAACUCCGUCAGUUUUGGUUGACAGACUUCGAGUUAACGGAUCGCUUGCCAGAACUGCGAUCCGCGUGUUAGAAGAACAAGGUUUAAUUCGAAAAAUCUCUACUCACGGCUCACAACUCAUCUACAGUAAGCAUGCCUAUCCGAUUUCAUCACUAUUUUUUAGUCGCACAUUCUAUCAAACAUCUUUUUUGAUUCAUUGUAAUCUCGCAAUAGCCCGUGCUACUGCUGCAAUCGAUAAAACGGAAGAGAAUCGAUAA